UGCAAAAAUGACAUAAGCAUAAUGGGUAAACGAAAAUGUCGAGGAACAACAACAAACGGUUAUUCUUGAAUAGUCAAACGUUUUAGCGUACGAUGAUCAAAUCACGAAUGGGUCUUAUCCUGUAUCAUUGCGGUCUGUUGUACUUGGCUGUACGAUUUCAAGAUGAAGUGACUUCUAGGUUUCUUUUUGGAACAUUGCGGAACAGUGAGUACCCCAGGAUUGAGGAAGUAAACGUUUCUCCGACCUUUCUUGCUAUAAAUUCAGGAAUCUCUCUGCCAACAGGUCACCCUAAAAGUGCCAACGAAAAGGAAAAAUUGCAUGGAAAUGGUUCAUUACCGAUAAUUUCGUGCUUUGAACAAUUACAAACGCUUUUUCAAGAGGAUCCCAACAAGUCAGCUCUCCCUAUCGCAUCUACCAUAAUUACAUCCUAUCCAAGGAGAUUUCAUGGCACAGUCGUAAAAGCCAUAUCAAAGUGCCCUCGAUAUUCCCUUCCGUGGCCCACGAAAGAUGAAAUAGCAAGCACUCUUGUACUUUUGACAGACGUUAUAUUGAAACUCUUGACGAGCUUAGUAUAUUCACUACUUGCUAUUGUCCAUUUACUUUUUCUAUUAUUCGCUAUUCGAAGGAAGUGGUUCAUGUUGUCAAUAAAAAAGACCAAACCUAUCCCCUGCGUUGACAGCUCAACGGGUGUUAUGAACUCGAGUCCAAAGAUCUUCGCAAAACCGUUGGAAACACUCUUAAUUUUGAUAACGUUAUUUGGUUCAGGGCUUUUCUCAUCAGCAGUUGUAUCGGCAAAUGAAACAUCAUCGUCAUCAUUGCCGUUAUAUUCGCCAUCAUCUUCAGCAUUCUCAAACUCUUCGUCUUUGAAUUCUUCCUUGACAGUAUUUUCAGCAACGUCAACAUUUCUACAACUUUCGCCACAAAAACUAUCAGCGACGACAAAGGCGUCACCAUCCUCAUCACAGUCAAGAGCACGGAAAUCAGUAACAGCACUCUUAUCAUCCUCAUCAUUAUCAUCAUGGCCAUCCCUAUGGUCUCAGUUAUCAUCGACGUCAUCGUUAACAUCAUCAGUGAUUUCAAAGUCCUUACAAUCAUCAGGGCAAUCGCCAAUGCCGACCGUAUCAUCAUUAUCGUCAACGGCGACGUUGUCGUUACCAUCGUCAACGCCAUCCCCUCCACUAUUAGAAUCACCAUCGCCUUCACUAUCGUCACCGCCUUUACCGUCAUCGUUUAUCAUACCAUUCUCCAAUCCAUCGCCGACGCCGCCAUCUCCAGACCUAACCCCAUCUCCAUCAACAUCACCGACAUCAUCUCCACCACCAUCGUCAACGCCGCUAUCUCCCGCCCUAACCCCAUCUCCAUCAAUAUCACCGACAUCAUCUCCACCACCAACGUCAACGCCGCCAUCUCCAACCCCAUCUCCAUCAAUAUCACCAACAUCAUCUCCACCACGAUCGUCAACGCCGCCAUCUCCAGCCCUAAUCCCAUCUCCAUCGAUAUCGCCGACAUUAUCUCCACCACCAUCGUCAUCUCCAUCACCAUCGCCAUCAUCAUCCCUACCAUUAUCAUCUCUCACACCGUCCCCUUCGAUAUCCCCAUCUCACUCUCCAUCGCCUUCUCCAUCACUGUCACUAAUGCUUUCGCAUUUACUAUCAUCACUGCGAAGAUCAUCACAGCCACCAUCACCAUCAUUUCCACCUCCACCUUUGACUCCAUCUUUGCCUCCAUCUCCAUCGUCAUCUGUAUCUUUGGUUCCGUCUUUGCCUCAAUCUCAGUCUCCGUCUUCAUCUACAUUAUCAUCACAACCGCCAUGGCCUUUGUCAUCGCCAUUACCAUCGUCACUACCAGCAUCAUCAUUUCCACCACCAUUGUCACUAUCAUCGCCAUCUCCAUCAUCAUCUCCAUCUCCGUCUCAAUCUCCAUCGUCAUAUCCAUCUCCGUCUUUGUCUCACUCCCUGUUUCUGUCUUCGUUACCUUCCCCAUCGCUGUCAUCGUCAAAAAAUGUAUCACCAUUACCAUUUCCUUUAUCAUCAUUACCACCAGCAACUUCAUCUCUUCCAUUUUCUUCUCCAGCGUCUUUAAAAUCACUAGAUUUACCUUUAUCACUAACAUCAACUUUAAAAUCGAAACACUCCUCAUUAACAUAUGUCAUCCGCCCCACAGGAUCGGUGAUUUCCUCAAUCUCUCAAUUGAUCAUUGCUAACGUGAUGUCACACACGGCUAACAGGACUAUUGUUUCUACUAAGUCAAAUACAAUGAGCUCUAGGUCGUCGUCAGAGGCAUUCACGUCAGCUUUGAUAUUCUCACCCUGGAGAAGUAACGCCUUGCAAGAGCAGCGAUCGACAGUUUCCUCAAUUUCUCAAAUGGCCGCUGUAAACCUUACGUCACAGACAGUUGACGUAACUCUUUCACCUCUCAAGUCGCGUCUUAAGGAAUCUUCUUCGUUCACCGUGUUAGCAACAGAUAUCCUGACCAAACCAAGGGCUUCAAAUGACACGAGGAUUAUUGAUGUGACGGUUUCGUUAAUAAAUGAAGAAUACGAUAAAGACCUGAUGAAUAAAAGUUCAGCACGUUUUGUGAAUCUGUCUCGAAGGGUGAACUACACGCUGUGGGACAUGUUCUCUCGCGAUGUGACGGGCCUGAAGGAAAUACAAAUACUUGAAUUCAGAAAUGGAAGCGUUCUGGUGGAUUUUCGAUUGCUUAUCGACAGUACGUCCAACACGACUACACAUGCAGUCAAUGUGACCCUCUGGAGAAAAAAUGGUUCCAACAUUGAAGGGUUUAUUUUCGGGAGAAUUCUCGUUAAAGAGAAGUGUUCCGCCGGAUUCUGUGCGAAUGCAGGUAUUUGUGACGAUGGUGCCAACGGUCCAGUGUGUAGGUGCAAUGGAUUUGUGGGAGACAGAUGUACUCAAAGAUUAGAUCCCGUGCAUGGAAACUAUUCAGAGUGGUCCGAGUUUACAGACUGCAGCAAAACGUGUGAAGGUGGACAGAAACACCGCAAGCGCACUUGUAAUAAUCCUUCUCCUCGACUUGGGGGCAACGAUUGCGCCGGACUGGGACGGGAUGUAGAAUACAUAGACUGCAAUAGCGAUGUCCGCUGUCCAGUUUCAACUGAGGUGUGGAUAGCUGUCGGAGUCGCCUGUGGUGUGUUUCUCUUGAUUCUUAUUUUUGUUGUGUUGCUUCUGCUACGAAGACGAAGGAAAAAAGCUGAACAAAGAAAUGGAAAAUCUACCUCCAAGGAUUAUGAGACAAAUGGACUCAGUACUGUUGUACCACUCGAAAUUAUCUACGAGGACAGUACAGCAACUAGUGCCAAUCCCAAGGGGAAAACGAAUCCAGAAUUUAUCGGAGACGACGAUGAUGACAACGAUAUUUAUAAAGCUCAGUUGCUGUUAUUUCUGAAACACUCACAUUUGAUACGGAGUAAUCUUUACCCUGAUGAUCAAGACAACAAAUCAGAUGCUUCAGAACAUUCUAAAACGAAUUCCAGAAAACCUUCUGCAAUAUCUACGUCCAGCGACAAAGUCCAAGAGAACGAAGACGAGUUGGCUGUUGAUAUGGAAACAAAUCCUGCGUCCAAGGGUGAGGACCAACUUUCUGCACCGCAAGGUGAGGGGUUCCCUCCAACAACAGUCCUAUGACCUGGAAAUUAGAAUCUGUCUCUGAAGAAGACUUAAGGUAGAUUACCUUACAGACGCAGCCGUUUUGCGGACUCUCAUCCAGCGAGCAGGACCUGAAAAAGCCCUCAUCCGUUCCGUAUGAACAUAGUAAGCUUGCUGUAAUAACUAAAUAAUUGUGUUCAGCUCUCUGAACUGAAAGGAACUUUCAAGGCGCCUUUGACGCGCCUUAAAUGUCAAGAUAUAAGAUGAAACGUACGUGUUGACCAACUGUGUAAAAUUUGUUCUUGCAUGUUUCAGGUCAUCACAUUAUCGUCUUCAUAGUCAUUUUGAAUAUUUUCAUUUUCUUUUAUCAGUUUUUUAUUAUUGUGUUUUCGCUAACUAUUUAAGGAAAUUAUUGGUUCUUGACAAGUUUACUCCGAGGGCAAAUUAAAAUACAAGUUUAAUUUUUUUAGAAUAAAAGGCGAUUCAUGGUUGAAGUUGUCAAUCAUUGACAUGUAACACAGAAAAAUAACUUUUUUUUUUUUUUACAAAAACUCAAGAAUAGUCAGAUUCUACUUUGUAUGAAAGCUUAUGAAGUAGGUUGGGAUCGUAUUCUGCCUUAAUAGUGAAACCUACAAACUGGCCUUAUCAGUUUUAACUAAACAUCAUUAUGCAACAGUCAAUGUUGGAAUUACAGUCGAACCGUAUUAAGCGGUCAGUUUUCAAAGUCCAGAGAUUUUUACCCUUAAUUACUGUAAUUUUCACCUUUCUUUAGCGGUCGUGGUCACCUUUUAUUGAGUUCUAACGGCCCGUUUGUAAUGUCCUCGACCUGUAUCGGACGGUUAAUUUUAGUAGAUCUACUCAAAUAAAACUACGAAUAAUAUUUCAAGGAAAUUUUUUUCAAUGUUAGUAGCAUUUUUAAGUGAGUUUUUGUAUGUGAAUCGGUUAUUUAUGGCAUAAAAUGACGUUUUCAUCAUG